AUGGCGGUGACUGACACCAUGGCAGCCCCCAGGCAGAGGAAGGGGGUCAGGCUCGCAGACGCCGCUGACGAGCAGCUCGCACCGGAGAAGGACGCGAAGCCUCGUGGAGAAAUCCAGGCGGAUCAUACAGGUGGAAAGCUGUGGAACAUACUUUCAUUAACAGUUGGUGGGAUUGUUGCAGUCUGUCUUGGACUUCUUACUUCUGUUUAUAUAGCUACACUGCAUGAAAAUGACCUCUGGUUUUCCAAUAUUAAGGAAGUAGAGAGAGAAAUUUCAUUCAGAACAGAAUGUGGACUAUAUUAUUCCUACUACAAACAGAUGGUCCAGGCUGCAUCCAUCCAGCAAGGUUUACAUGGUUUAGUAUAUGACAAUAAAACUGAAUCUGUGAGGACAAUUAACAUACUUGAAAGAAUGAAUGUUUACCAGGAGGUGUUUCUCAGCAUUCUGUAUAGGAUUCUUCCAAUUCAGCAAUACUUAGAGCCUGUUUAUUUUUAUAUCUACACUUUGUUUGGACUUCAGGCAGUUUAUGUCAUUGCUCUAUAUGUAACAAGCUGGCUUCUUAGUGGAACAUGGCUUUCAGGGUUGUUGGCAGCUUUCUGGUAUAUUACAAACAGAGUAGAUACGACAAGAGUAGAAUUCACCAUUCCUUUAAGAGAGAACUGGGCACUGCCGUUCUUUGCAGUUCAAAUAGCAGCCAUCACAUACCUGCUCAGAACUCAUUUACAGCCUGCUCACGAAAGAUGGACACUUCUGGCUGUAUUCAUAGCAACCUUCUUCUUUAGCCUGACCUGGCAAUUUAAUCAGUUUAUGAUGCUGAUUCAGGCAUUGGUAUUAUUCAUACUGGACUGCUUGGACAUGCUUCCCACAGCAAAGGUUACAUGGCUCUAUAUCAUUCAAGUUUCUGGAUUACUGCUAGUCUGUGUCCUGCAGUUCUUUAAUUCCAUGAUUCUUGGAUCAUUACUUAUCAGUUUUAAUGCUUCUGUCUUGAUAGCAAGGACAAUUCAGAAAAAUCUAAAAAAGGGAGGCUUGCUUAGCAGGCUUGGGAAACUUCUUCUCCAUGUGCUGUUCGUUUCAUGCUUGACCCUUCUAGUCAAUAAACUCAUCAAGAAAAUUCUAAAUCUUGAGUCAGAUGAACAUAUAUUCAAAUUCCUGAAAGCAAAAUUUGGAUUUGGGGCUACAAGAGAUUUUGAUGCUAACCUGUAUCUUUGUGAAGAAGCUUUUGGUUUACUACCAUUAAAUACUUUUUCAAGACUUUCGGAUACUUUACUUUUUUACGUCUACAUUUUUGUUCUCUUCCCUAUGACAGUAACAGCUGCAAUUGUUGCCUUUCAGAACCUCAGUGGUUCAACUAAAGUUGAAAAAUCCCUGGAAAGAAAGGAAGACUGCACAAUAGCACUAAAGCCUGAAACUGCUUACAACUUGAUUCACACAGUCCUUUUUGGAUGUUUAGCAUUAAGCACAAUGAGAAUGAAAUACCUCUGGACAUCCCACAUGUGUGUAUUUGCAUCAUUUGGUCUGUGCAGUACAGAAGUAUGGGGACUUAUCCUGAAAUGUGUUCGUCUCUACACAUCACGAAGGAUAUCUGUGAUUAGAUACUCUCUACCAGUAGUUGUGUUACUGUACAUUUCAUAUAAGUUCUGGCCAGGAAUAAUGGAUGAACUCUCAGAGCUGAGAGAAUUCUAUGACCCAGACACUGUGGAGCUGAUGAACUGGAUUAAGUCAAACACUCCAAGCACAGCAGUGUUUGCUGGGAGCAUGCAGCUACUAGCAGGAGUCAAACUGUGCACUGGACGGGUCUUAACUAAUCAUCCCCAUUAUGAAGAUAAGAAUCUGAGAGAGAGAACAAAACAGAUUUAUCAGAUCUAUGCAAAGAGAUCUCCUGAAGAUGUUUACAGGAUACUGCAAUCGUUUGGCACAGACUAUGUGAUCCUAGAAGACAGCAUAUGUUACGAGAGAAGACACAGUAGAGGCUGUCGGUUACGUGACCUGCUUGAUAUAGCUAAUGGUCAUAUCAUGGAUGGUUUGGGAGAGAAUGAACCUGAUCUGAAACCUUCGUUGUAUCCUCGCUUCUGUGAGGAAAUUAAAAGAAAUCUGCCUUCUUAUACUGUACACUUCACUAGAGUGUUUCAGAACAAAACAUUCCACGUUUACAGACUUGCUAAGCAUAAAUAGCAUUUCCAGCAAUGGCUUCAAGUUCAGUAUUUCAGUGCUAGAGCCCACAUUAG